GUCGCUGUGAGAGGGAGUGUUUUCGCGCUCUUCAAAGCAAUAUUGAGGGUUAGGUGGUUAACAGUCAAAUAUUGGCUAUUAAUAUUGAAAGGAACUAACUAUAACUUUUUUUAUGGACAUGGGAUAAGUUUGGAGUUAGUUUUUGUCAAGUUGAAUGGGAAGAACACGACAGAAAGACAAAAGUAGACGAAAUAUCCAAGUCUUACAGAAGACGGCUAACAUGCUAGCUAGCCACAACGAGGACCAGAGCAGCAUGGAUACACAAGAAGCCGCGAUCUCUAACAAGAGAAAGAACAAAACUGACCAGGAUGAAAUCCUUGCAACCUCUUUACCUCAGACCCCAAGUAAAAAUCCUCCGGUGAAAAAAGUAAAAGACGACAUUUCCAUGUCGGAACUUUUCUCUGCAAUCCAGUCCCUGUCUACUAAACAAGACGCCACGCUCUCCAAAGUGUCCAUCAUAGAGCGGGCUACAGAAGAAACAUCAAAGAAGAUAGAUAAUUUGUCAGAAACUGUCAAUCAACUACACAAAAUUGUGAGCGAGAACAAGGAAAAUAUAACGUUCCUAGAGAAUGAGCUGAAGAAAAUGCAAUCCAAAAAUAAUGAGCUGUGUGAGAAUGUAGCUGAACUUCAAAGGUACUCUCGCAGGUGGAAUCUGAAAAUCCAAGGUGUAAAAGAGGUAGAGGGAGAGUAUAUUAGAGAAGUAGUUAUUAAUAUCCUGGGGAAAGUGGCACCAUGCACCAAAGAGGCUAAGAGACGUGAUUGAUGUGGUACAUCGACUUGGGAAACGAAGAUCUGAUGGACCCCCUUGUAAUAUCAUCUUGCGCUUAACUAUGCGCCAUUACAGGGACAUCAUAUGGAAAAUGGCCAAGGGGAACAAGUUUCUGGACGAGAAGAAACUCCGCAUCAAAGAAGCUCUGAUACCGCAGGAUCAGGCUGCCAGAGAGAAACUGUGGCCGCUGAUACAGAAGGCGCGACAAGAAGGAAAGAAGGCGGGGUUCAAGGGCCCACACGCUUUUAUCGAAGGAAGAAUGAUUACUGGGUAACUCUGUUGACAUGAACCAAAUUGGAACUGAAUGAACAGAGGACUUCUCUUUGUGGUCUCUAUGGUGAUGGGCUGCCUGGCACCAGGUGUUAGUGGAAACGGACAUCUCUCGUUUGCCAAUAAUACGGAGGUGCAUAUCACACGGACAGGCUGUGGAUUGAUUAAGCUGUGUGUAGAGACCCCAGAACAAUGUGAUCCUACAGGAAAAACAAGCUGCCUCUUCGCUUCCAUAGUCACCACCGCCCCCUCUUCUCCUAAUGGAGUAGACCUGUUAGUUGAGCUCCUUGGGGACUCCAGUGGAUACAUUGCUCUAGGACUGACUGCCAACGAGACAGAGGGAACGUCUAUGGUUUUUAUCUGUGCCCAGAACAGAAAUGGCAGUUUCUUCUUCCGCUCUGCCCAGCGCAACAACCCCAACAACACAAUUUCUCUGACACAAAGGAUUGUGAAAAACAUCACUGGCUCAGUCAAUGGGACUGUCAUCCAGUGUAAAUUUAGCGUGCCAGCGGUUAAUGCAACAACCAGGACCAGUCACGUCACCACCUUCACCACCUUCCUCGCUGUGGGAAAUGUCACAAACAGUAUGGGUAUUGGUGACAUCAACAUACGCUUGACCAAUAAGCCGUUGAACCUGGCUGACCCUACCAGCAACGUUGCAACAACGUCAGUCCCAACAACAGCAGUCCCAACAACAGCAGGCAGCAGCGCACUCGCAUCGCAAGCUGUGAUUGUCCUGCUCAGUGUGCUGAUGUAUCGUCUUUCCUGAAGAGAACCUGAAGGUUAGCCAGCUUCAACACCAAUGGAAAGAUAACCCUUUUACCCUAAAUAUUUGAAGGAAAAUUGACUCAGUAUCUCAGAUGAAUUACUGUUAAUGUGGGAUCUUGGUAAUUUAAAUGUGUGUGAAAGGGAACAAUUAGAAAGUACGUAUGCUACAGUAAAAUGAAUUAAUUGGUUGAUAAUGUACAGUUGAAGUCAGAAGUCUACAUACACCUUAGCCAAAUACAUUUAAAAUACGCCUUAGGUCAAUUAGGAUCACCACUUUAUUUUAA